CCAGGGCCGCGCAGGGGGAAGCUUCUUCCUGCCGGGACUCAGCCUAGGAUGAUCCUUCCUCUCCCGGCGAGUCACAAACCUCACCAACCCGCAGAGAGGAAUGUUCGUGGGAUCGCGGAAACGGGCCUUCGAGACCAUCUACUACAACCCCUUCACGUCUGACAGAGGAGGAAACUGAGGCUCGGAGAGAUUUAGUGACUUUGCCAACAUCACCCAGGUAGGACGUGGAGGCGAGAUUCGAACCCAGGUCUUGGUACUGCGGCUCCAGCGCUCUUUCCACGACAGUCCACACCGCCGACUUAAGGCGAGUGAGGCCGGGGCUGGCUGGCCGGCUGCAGCGGCUGCAGGAUGGGGAACAGCGCCCUCCGCGCCCACCUGGAAACGGCGCAGAAAACGGGCGUGUUUCAGCUCAAGGACCGCGGGCUGACGGAGUUCCCCGAGGAGCUGCAGAGGCUGACGAGCAACCUCCGGACCAUCGACCUGUCCAACAACAAGAUAGAGCACCUCCCGCCUGCCCUCAUCGGGAAGUUCACGCUGCUCAAGAGCCUGUCCCUGAACCACAACCGACUGACUGUUCUGCCAGAGGAGCUAUGCAAGUUGACAAAGCUAGAGACCCUACACCUUAACAACAAUCACCUGACACAGCUGCCAGCUGCUUUUGGGCAAUUGUCUGCCCUCAAAUCUCUGAGCCUCUCUGGGAACCAGCUUCGAGCUGUACCAUCUCAGCUUUGUAGCCUUCGACACUUGGAUGUGGUAGAUCUCUCCAAAAACCAGAUUCAAAGUGUACCUGACACAGUAGGAGAACUACAGGCUAUUGAGCUGAACCUCAACCAGAAUCAGAUUUCUCAGAUCUCACCACAGAUAUCUCGCUGUCCACGCCUCAAGGUCUUGCGCAUGGAAGAGAACUGCCUAGAACUCAGCAUGCUUCCACGAAGCAUCCUCAGCAAUUCCCAGAUUGCUCUGCUUGCAGUAGAAGGCAAUCUUUUUGAAAUAAAGAAACUCCGAGAACUGGAAGGCUAUGAAAAGUACAUGGAGAGGUUCACAGCCACCAAGAAGAAGUUUGCAUGAUGUUCCCCAGGAGCAAGGCACCUCAUAGGAAACACACUUUGAACCUAAGUUGCAAAGUCCAACUGAAUAGAAGACUCAUGUCAUUGGCAAGAUCUGCAGUGAGGAAAUGAUUGAAGGAAGAAUGAACACUUGAGUACCAAAUGGUGUCUCCCAGAAGCAGAUUAUGUUGCAUCUAACUUUCUCUCCCCUUUCAGGACUUGCUAUAAAUAAAGCAAAAGAGAAAGAGAAGGGGAGAGGGAGCAAGCUUGAGAGCGUGUUAGAGAGGACACGCCAAGUCCUCAGGCUGAGGGAUAAUGAAGGCCUAUAUUUUCACAGCUGUUACCAGUUUCACUUUAAGAAACAAGUAGGUAGCUGCUGUUUUAUACACUAAGGGGGCUGUGCCUGGUAACUGCCCUGAGGUUGUAUCACUUGUACAGCUCCACACCACAGCUUGAAAGCCCAUAUUUAAUUCUGAUGUGUGAGCUGCCAUAACAACUACAGAUCCACCUCUGCAUUUAACACUUUUUGUAUUUUUGUGGAACACAAGUAGUUCAUGACAAGCUGCUAUGAUUAAUCACAGCAUUCAGUGCUUUAUUUAUUCCAACACAUCAUUUCAAUUGAAAGUUAAAAUUCUGCUGCUUUGAGAAAAGUGCUUAUUUGCUUGGAACUUAAUUAUGAUAUGUGGCAAAUGUCUCGAUUUAAAAUGUGCUUUGCUGGUUUAAAAAAACCAAACACUUAGGACAUAAGCCCCAAGCUGCAUCAAAUUCAUUACUACUAUUGUAGGUGCCUUACUGGUGAAGGUACUUGUAUGCAAAACAUGUAAGAUGAAAAGAAUUGUAAUAUCCAAGAUUUUUCUAAAGCUUCUUUAGAAAUGUCUAAUUUCCUGUAACCUUUUACCCUUUUUGUAUUAUAAUUUUACUAAUCAAAUUACCUAUCCAAAAGCUAUUGCUACGACAGAUUUUCAAAACAUCCCAUUAUAUAUAUUAGGUGUGCUCUCUGCAUAAGAUGGAAAAAAGGAUAUGAAAAAUAAAUAACUUUUUUUAAAAAGA